AUGUUAGUAAGUUGUUUAAUCGAUGCGAUAGUUAAUCAAGUGAAAGAAAAGGCCGUUAGAGGGAAAGUACUUGUUAUUGUAGGAGAGACGGGUUCUGGUAAGUCGACAGAAGUUCCUAAGUUAUUAUUAGAUACGUAUGGGUUGAGUGGAGAUAAGUUAAGUUUAAGUGGAGAGAAGUUAAGUUUAGUAGAGAAGCAGUGUAGUUUAAGUAGUAAUAGUUUAGUAGAGACACAGUCUAAUAGUAAUAGUUUAAGUAGUAAUAGUAAUAGUUUAAGUAGUAAUAGUAAUAGUAAGUCAAGUAGUAAUAGUUUAAGUAGUAGUAAGUCAAGUACUAGUCAUAGUAAUAGUAAUAGUUUAAGUAGUACUAGUAAGUCAAGUAGUAAUAAUGAACUAAGUAGUUAUAGUAAGUUAAGUAAUAGCAAUACUAACCCAAGUAAUACUAACCUACGUAGUGGCUGGGAGGUGGUGGUGACUCAGCCGCGGAGGGUGGCGGCGGUGGCUUUGGCUCGGCGGGUGAGUAGUUUAAGUCCUGAGUUGGGGGUGGAUGGAGUGGGGUAUGCUAUUCGGUUUAAAGAUACUUGUACGAAACGGACUAGGAUAAAGUAUGUAACGGAUGGAGUUUUAUUGAAGUGGUUGGAAGGUGGUCGAGUGCUUGAUACGGUGGUGGUGGAUGAAGUGCAUGAACGUACGGUUAGGACUGAUGUAUUAUUAGGACUGUUGAAGGAUAGGAUUAAGAGUUUAAGGUUGGUGUUAAUGAGUGCUACGGCUGAGUUAGAGAUGAUUAAAGAGUACUUUACUAGGGAUGGGAUUGAAGUAGAGGUGGUGGAAAUUCCCGGGCGGAAGUUUCCAGUUGAGAUUAAGUACUUACCCCGGCGAUCUUCUGAUUACAUUCAAAUGGCCCAAACGGUCAUAUCUAUGAUAGUAAGGGGGUACGAAUUAGAUAAUGUCUUAAGUAAUAGUAAUAGUAAUAGUAGUAGUAAGUCAAGUAGAGAUAAUGCAAGUAGUAGUAACGCAAGUAGAGAUAACGCAAGUAAAGAUAACAAUCCCAUUGAUUUGAUAUUUAAAGAGAGUAAGACUAGUAAGUCAGUCUCAGAAUCAAAAUCAAAAUCAACCUCUUCUUCCCUAUCGCAAUCAUCGGCUGAGAUACUAAAGCUAAAUCAAGAUAAUGGUCUGGGAAUGGUUGGGGUGGGACGGAAGAAGAAUAGAGGAGUGAUUUUGGUCUUUUUAUCGGGAUUGGAAGAUAUUGAUGAUCUUUAUAAGUCGGUCUCUUUAUUGAGUGAAGUUGAAGUACUUAAGUUGCACUCGAGUUUGGAAGAUGCCGAACAGAAAAGGAUAUUCACGGCUAGGAGUCAGCGAAUUAGAGUAAUUCUAUCUACUAAUAUAGCUGAGACGAGUUUGACUAUUCCGGGAGUGCGUUGGGUGAUAGAUUGUGGUGUGGAGAAGAUAAGUGUUUCCCGGGAAGGGGUAGAAAGCUUAGGUAUUGUUAAGAUAUCUAAAUCUUCGGCGGAUCAACGAGCUGGUCGGGCGGGUAGAACUGGGCCUGGUGUGUGCUAUCGCUUGUAUACACAAAAUACGUACCAAAUGAUGGAUAAACAAGCGGCUCCGGAGAUUUUAAGGACUGAUAUUUCGGCCGUAUGUUUAUCUUUGAUAAGGAUGGAUAAAGAUCCUGGUAGUUUUGAUUUCUUGGCUAAUCCUGGGGAGAGUGCUAUUCUGGGCUCAUUAAGAGAGUUGUUUGUUUUGGGAUUGAUUGAUAAGGAGAAAAAGAUAACUGAAAUGGGUCGGAAAGUAGCUGGGUUUCCUCUUUCACCCUCUUUAGGGAAGUUUUUGGUGGCUGGUCGGACUUUAGGAGUAUCUUGUACGGUGGCUGGAGUCUGUGCUUUGUUAUCAACUGGUGCAUUGUUUGUGCUGCCGCCGGGUAGUGAGGCGGCUGUAAUGGAAAGUGUGGUGGAAGAUAGAGAAAAAGCUUCUGAUUUGACUUUAUGUGCGGCAUUGUUCUUCUCGUUUCUGCAGACUCCUUUGGAUAGACAGAAGAGUUUCUGUACUGGCUUGGGUGUAUCUUAUCGGGAGAUGAGAAAUGCUGAACGGAUUUAUCAGCAGUUGCUUGCUUUGGUCUUACCUAAGAAGGGUAGAAUGGACUGGAGAGAGGAAGUAUUGGGCGGCCGAGAUAUAUCUAUGACGGCUAGAUUGUGUGUUUUGCUUUCAGAGUCGGUAGCAGAUAGGUUGCAUCAAGCUGCAUCUGCGGCUUUCUUAACUCGUGUGGCCGAAAGUGCUGGUAGUGGGUCUUAUCUUCACUUAUACUCGAAAAACCAUGUUUGGAUUCAUCCGGGUUCAGUUAUGUUCCGUAAACGAGAGGGAGUUGUUGGGUUUGUCCUUUCAUCCCAAACUUCUAAACCCUACCUUCUUUAUGUCUUUCCGUUUACCAAUAGCAGUAUUGAGUUGAGUAGGGUUAAGUAG